CAUUUAAACGCUAUCUUUAGAACGGAAGCUCCUGACAUCAUCAAACCUUCUAGAACUAUUGUCUGAAGUUCUGGGUGAAAUGUUUCUGGGAGCAGAUGGACAGACAACCGCCCUCGAGUUAAAGAAAUCUAUCAGCAAGAGAUCCAAAGAACAGGACUGUAAAUGAGCCACGGUGAUAUGUUGUCCUCAUGUUUCUUUUCACGAGACGAUUGGCGGGCCCAGACGCCCUGCAGCUGCCCCGCCAGUACGAGUUCCUGCAGGAUCUGGGAGAGGGCGGCUUCGGGAAGGUGGUGAAAUGUUGGAACAAGGACACCAAACAAACCGUGGCUGUAGAGAUCCCCAAAUUCUCAUACUACGACAGCAAGGAGCACAACGUAGUCCCGUUCUUCAGUUGGUUCCACAUGAGUUGUGGGCCGGCGCUGGUGUUGGAGAUGCUGGACAUCAGCAUACAGGACUACAUCCUAAAGACCCACCACGCCCCGAUGCGUCUCAGGGACGUCAGCACCAUCAUCCAGCAGGAGGCCAUCCUGACCUCCAUGACCUUACGCAACACGGCUUUGGCUUUUUGCCGUUUGGUGAUCUGGUGUGGGUACCCUUCACCUAGACCCUGCAGGCCUAUUACCUGGUCAGCCAUUCCAACCCCCUGAGUCUCCCCCCAGCAUCUCGCUUUGAUUAAAUAACUGCAGUUGUCUUUAGUUUUUGUUACGUUAUCUUGAGGGCAUGUAUAGCUACUCAAUAAAAACAGACCUAUUGUUUAGUCCCAAAAAGAUAAAGUUAAUGUUCUAUUUUCCCAGUUUUCAAAGCUGAUGUUUUCUCUUGGUGUCGUUGGCUUCUACAUCUUCAGGAAGGCCCACUCUGAGAAGAACACCUUCAGGAGGAACCCGUCUGACCGCAAACAUACUAAUGAUAAUAUAAUAUCUACAGAAGCUGGCGAUUACUAUCUUUGGGGCUGAUUUGGCUCAUUUG